AGCUUGUGUUCAAAACGUUCUGUGUUCAAAACCCACAUUUUUCUUGCAUCUCUGCUUUAUCUGUUGUCUGCUGUGUUUGGCGCUUCUAGUUUAGCUGUUUUUUUACCUCUAUACAGAUCUCACAAAUACGUAGUUUUGUAUUAAUGUCUGGAAUGGCGAAUUCUGAGAACAGGUGCGUCUUCGUGUACGGAAACGAAGGCUGUGCAGACAGGGCUAGGCUGCAAAGAGAAUUUGGCGAAUUUGGAAGAGUGAAGAAAAUCUUCACUGAAAAUAGCGGAAAAUAUUCAAAGGUUUAUUUUGAUAAUAUAGAAAAGUGCAAAGAGGUCGCGGACGCUUUCAAAGUAAAUCAUUUUGGCUGGGUAGUGCAGUAUCCCAACUGUGGAGGUGACAAUCGAGAAUUUGAGAGCAAUUUGAGAAAAGAACUUCCAUCAUCUGGAUUGUCUCUCGCAAAACAACCUCCACCAGCUAGAUUGUCUCUCGCAAAACAACCUCCACCAGCUAGAUUGUCGGUAUCAUCCGUGAUCAGCUCUGAUCAAGUCUGGAAUAGUACCAUGGAUUUUGCAGACGACGAAUUGGACUUCACUGCGAAUAGCGAUUACUGCACCCUUCACGGAGAUCCGGUUGUCGUUCUUACUGACGAUUCUGGGGAGAUUUACGUCAAUUACAGGGAUGUUAAGAAGGCGGGAUUCGCUCUUUUCAGGAGGGAGAAUUUUGACGCAUUGUUGUUGGAUAGGAACCAAGUGUCUAAGGAGUUCGAGUUGUUUUUGUUAGCUGAGGCAAGGAAUUAUAUCUUGAAGAGGCGGCUCAACUUCAGUGAAGAUGAGAUACUGUCGACAAUUGCAAGAUGUAGAGAGAAGGUACUAUCCAGUCAAUCUGGUAGUCCGCUAUCAACAGGUGGUCGUUCCGUGAACGCAUCUACAUCGAAUCUGACGGUCACAUCUAUCGUUCCUCCCAGCAGUACGAUUCCUGGGCCCAGAGAGAAAUUACAGAAACCUAGACCACCCCAUAAGAAUUACCAACGAAACAAUGAAGAUUCUAACAGGAAUGAACAAAGUUUUGGAGGUCCAAAUAGAGGAAGAGGAAAAAACAAUCACGGUCGUUCAAGGUCGCGAGGUCGACCAGACAAAUCGGAAGAACCUAUCGAUAGUUUUAAUGGUUUCGGGAAGCACCCCCGUACUAAUGAGAUUGGAGGAAACAUAUCAACGCGCAGGAUAUUGGUGUGAAACCUAGUGAUAGGUUUGGAAAGACCAGACCUGAUGAAGAGUUUGGAAGCGGUAAACUUAGUGAUAAGGAGUUUAAUAUAAAUAAACAGGCUGGCGGUGAUUUCAGAAAAAAUACGGAUAUAGAAGAUACGCCCCUCCAAAAUAAUAGAAACAAUCAAAAUUUCCAAAACAACAGAGGUGCACAACCCAAAAGGCAGCUCACAAAUUCAAAUGUAUCUCUUGACGAUUCUUUGAGUGUAAAGAGUGAAAUGUGUCAGAAAAAAGCUGAAUACAUUGGAAAAGCUGAACUGCGGAUAGGAAGCAUUUGCGAUGUGAUAAUAUGUUAUAUUGAAAGUGAAAAAAUACAAUGGGUUCAAACGGAGGAAUAUAAUGAAAAAGUUAUAGACAUGACAGUUUAAAUUGAUUGAUGCCGCUCCUGCACUUGAAGACAUUGCAAAUCCCGUGGCUGGACAGUUAGUGUUAGCUCUCCACGAAGACAUAUGGUCCCGCGCCCGAGUAGUCAGAGAAGAACCUUUGUUAGUGCACUAUUUAGAUUACGGAAAUAAGAACAAACCAAGUGCCGUAAAAGUACUGCCGGCCGAAUAUAAAAAUAUGCCAUCAGCUGCUAGGAGAAUUACAGGGCUACAGCAGCUCAAUAUGAAUAUGGAGGAGAAUCAAAAGAUUAAACUCUCUAUUAAACAAUUAUAUGGCGAUGGUACGUAUUUGGUGAAAUUGGCUGAUGCAGGAAACAACAAUGGUAAAACAGAACAAGAACAGAAAAUAGGAAGUAUAAACGCCUCGUCACAGGAGCCACUCAGUGGAACAGAAACACAGCCACUUGGUGUUAAGUCAAUCGAUAGGCGUCCAACGUCUCGCUUAGAAAUUGAAGAAGAGGUUUACGUCGCCAGCGAUUUGACACCCCUGUUCGCACUGAAAAAUGAUGAGCCUGUAAAAAUUGUCGGCAGGAGAAAUAACCAGUUGUGCAUAAAAAAUAAGGAGUGCUAUGAAAAGUCUAAGGAGCUGAACGAAUAUAUCCAGAAUCUCGACAAGAGCGGGCUUAAAUUGACUUCACCGAAAACUGGCCAACUUGUUUUAGCUAAAAAAGAUGACGCACCUGCUGGCGCAUUGUGGUACCGAGCUGCAGUUGUUUCAAAAGAAAGUUCAGCUACGCUUGAAAUAAGUUAUGUAGAUCUAAAAGGCGAAGAUACAUUGGGUGUUAAAUCGUUGAGGAAUGUAGAUGAACAUCUGGCUAGCUAUCCGGUUUUAAUGACUUUAACACCACCUUUAAGUAUGCUGGAUUCAGCCUUAGAAUAUGUAGACCAGCUUAUCAAAGACAAGACUAAAAUGCGUUUAGCAGUGUCAGGCGACGACGUGGACUUCAGAUUUGAGGAUGGCACUUUGUUAUCUAAGAAGAUAUUAAACUUGAACAAAAAGUCCUCAAAAGAGUUACCUAAGCUGGUUCCAGUGGAAACGGUUGCGCCACAAUCAGCAGCUGAAGCACCGAUACCAGCAGCAGAUGAAGCAUGUGAACCACCAGAAACACAAAAAUCUGUUACUGAACCAACUCCAAAACCCACAAAUCCAAAAUCGUUAAAUGAACAAGAAGCAGAGUCACCAGAACAUUUCACUUUCAAUUUGAUGGAUUGGACACGGUUGAGUCCCGGCACUCAUCACGUUCUCUUCUACACAAUCAACGAUAUCACAGACAUUACUGUUGUUUCGAUGGAGGAUAAAUUGAUUGAUCAAUUGGCACAAGUCUCGGCCAUCCAGGUCGAGGAUGAUACGCCGUAUGAACCGAUGGAGUGCGAAAUGUGCUUGGUGUUAUACAAAUCGGAAGCAGAAGAGGAAUCGAGUUGGUAUCGAGCAUUCAUAACUGAAAUAAAUGGAGAAAAUUACGCAGCAACUUGUGUCGACUUUGGCAACAUUGUGGUAGUUACCAAACGAGAAAUAAGAAAGUAUCCCCAAUAACGACGCGGUUCUCAACAAACUAAAAGAACUACUGCCAGAAGGAGAACAGGGUCAAAUUGAGGUUGUCGAAUGCGUGGAAGACGAGAUGAAAUGUCUAAUCAAAAUUCCAAAAAUAUAUGAAGCCUUGAAAAACGAGGGAGUAGUUUAAGUUGUUCGCAGAACUUUUUUUACAAAUUUUUUUUAUCCAGGUUAGAAACGCUUUUUGAUUAGAUACGUUAUUUUUUUCUUGUAACUGGUACAAUUGAUGCAGUUUUCUCGCGAUUUUACCAAUUUUAUUUUUACGAUUCCUGGCGAUUUUAGUUGUAUAAUAUUGUUUUUAACUUUUUACUCAUAAAUAUUUAGUUAUGUGUAUACAGAGAUGACAAACGACAUUCUCUAAUUGAAAAUAGUUUUAAGUUCUAUCGUGCAAUUUCGCAGUUGAAUUGUACCUGAUUAUUUACUCGAAAUGUUUUUUUUUCUGUUGCCGUUGUGUUGUUUAAGUUUACUUUCACUGUUGUGUAGUUAUUUUUUUUGGAAUCAUGGCAUGAAAAAAUGUUGAUCAGAACAUAUUUUAAAGAUUCGAGAGGUGAAAUGUUUUUGUUUUCUUUAUCUUUUUUUUGACAAACUACUUAGUGUCCAGGAAUAAAUUUCCCCUUUUAAAGGAUAUUUUUUUUUAAAAAAAUACAUACAAUAUAGCCGGAUUUCAUGUUUUAAAAAUUAUAUUGUCGAGGUGGCUUCCAUUUCGGUCGAAAAACUCCUGCAAUGCCGUCUUCAUGUGGCUAAAAUCUGCUAAACAUUCAGGUGUAAUUACUCUGAUUUCUUCCCGUAUUUUUUGUUUGAAUUCUUGCAAAGUCGUAGGCCGAUUAACAUAAACUUUACUUUCAAGGUAUCCCCAUGAAAAAAAGUCCAGUGGGGUGAGAUCUGGAGACGAAGCUGGCCAGUUUAGGUCUCCGAGCGAGAGGUGACCUUUUUCGGGAAUAAUUCUCGAACGACUUCCAUAGAUGCUCGUGCUGUACGUGCGGUAGCGCCAUCUUGUUGAAACCAUGUUUAUUGAUCAAAGUCAUCAGAUUCUUGUAGCAAAAUUCCCGCAGCAUUGCAUAAUAAUGAUCACUAGUUACAGUCUGGCCUAUGCCACGUUGGUUCUCAAAAAAGGACCGAUAAUUCCUGAAGCCGACAGUUACUUGUGGGUUAUCGUGUUUUUGCCUUGGAUUAUCUGGUUUCCAAUAGCGACAAUCUUGGUUAACUGCGCCUGAAAGGUGAAAGUGCGCUUCGUUACUGAACACAAUGUUAAUUUGGACCUAGGCAAAAAAACGGUUUAUCAUUGUUUCGGCGAAGGAACGACUGUGUAUAAAGUCAUUUGGGUAUAAUUCUUGCACUAUUUGGAUCUUGUAGGGAUGAAGCUUUGAAUCUCUCAUUGAAAUUGUAUGAAAAGAUGCAAUCCCACCACCUGUGAUGUUUUACGAACAGAUUCCACUUGGAUUUUGAAUUUUAGCGGCGCGUACAGCUUCAACAUUCUCAGGAGUAGUUACAGCCCUUGGACGACCAGGGCGUUUCACAUUUAUAGCUGACGAUAUUUCUCUGAACCUCUUCGUUUCCACUAAAUUUUCACUUGGUACAUCCUCCACACGCCUAAUAUUGAAAUGAGCACAAUACUUUCGUCUUACAAUUGUGUACGAGUCGUUGUUCUUGAAAUACGCCUCAAUAAUGAACGCACGAUGCCCACCAGACCAACGCCCCAUUUUUACUAAAUGAUCCGCAUCGAUUCACUAUCGAAGGACACCUCGCCGAACGCGUUAAGUUAUACUGUUGCCAAGUUAUUCGAGUUUAAAAAGGGACAUUUAUUCCUGGACAUCUUGCAUGAGUUUGUCCAAUGUUUUUAUCAACGAGCUAGCAAUUUUCCAUUUUAAUAUGAAACGGUUCUAAUCGUUCAAAAUAUGGUCCAAAAAUAGACUGUCAUGAGCCUUCGUUGGUUGUUGUUGAGAUCCUCGGCAACUUUGUUUCCCUAACCCUAUGAUGAAUAAUAAAUACAACUGGAACCAAGUGAAACGUUCAGAACUACAAAUCGAUUUAAAUACAGUGGGAAAGUUCACUUUGUGAUUCAAGAAAAAUAAAUACAAACUUAUCACUAUCAACAUAUUCGUAAAUUGGGCGGGCUUUAGUUUUUAAAUAUCAUUCCAAAUGUUUGAUAUCCUUCGGAAAACUCUCUUGAAGAGUUCCGGAGUAAUGUUGUUUAUUUCUCGUCGAAUGUUGUCUUGUCCUCCAGUGGAUUAUUGGAAUACACGUUUGACUUUAGAUAACGCCGCAAAAAAUAAUCGCAUGGCGUGAGGUCGGGUGACCUAGGAGGCCCAGUGUUUGUCUCCAAACUUCCAUAUAACUUUUUGAGGAAAAGGUGGUUUCACCGUGUCCAUCGAUUCUCUGGAAGUAUGGUCAGUGUCCUCAUCCUGUUGAAACCAGGUGUUUAUGUUAAACCGACGUUCCGUGUUCUUACAAUAGGAGCAAAAAAAGUGUCAAUCAUGUCCUUGUAUCGCUCGGAAUUGGAAUGCAUGGAUUAUUGGAAUACACGUUUGACUUUAGAUAACGCCACAAAAAAUAAUCGCAUGGCGUUUGGUCGGGUGACCUAGGAGGCCCAAUGUUUGUCUCCAAACUUCCAUAUAACUUUUUGAGGAAAAGGUGCUUUCACCGUGUCCAUCGAUUCUCUGGAAGUAUGGUCAGUGUCCUCAUCCUGUUGAAACCAGGUGUUUCUGUUAAACCGACGGUCUGUGUUCUUACAAUAGGAGCAAAAAAAGUGUCAAUCAUGACCUUGUAUCGCUCGGAAUUGGAAUGCAUGACCGUUUUCGUCUUCAAAGAAAUACGGCCCAAUAAUACCGCUAGAGGAUAUGGCGCACCAAACACUCACCUUUGGAUUAUGCAGGUGUUGUUGAUGUUUCUCUUUUGGGUUCGUUGGUGCCCAAUAUCUGCAAUCUUGCUUGUUGUGAACGUAACUACAUGUUCAACUCUUUUCCCCUGCUUCAAGCGUCUGUUGGCGGGUGAUCGAUAUAUUCAUCACUGCUUUCUUCAGGAUGAUCAAGAUAUAUGUACAGCUAUAAAACAGGCCUUUAGGCCCUAAGCUUGAUAAGUUUAUUCCACCACUUCUUACCUAGUGCUCGUUUCUUCCAGUCUCUGAUAUUCCUGCUCCUCAAAUCUUCCAUAACCGCAUCCUUCCAUCUUCCUCUCGGUCUCCCUCUUUUCUUCUUGGUAUCCGUAACUCUCCAUGCUAUAUGCUUCACUGUUCUUUCUUGCGGCAUUCUUUCCGGGUGCCCCAGCCACUGCAAUCUUCUGGACCUAGCUAUGUACUUCUAUUAGACCUCCUAACGUACCCUCCCUCCACGUUGUUCCCCCCAUAUAUUCGCCUUAAAAUGUUCCUUUCCCACCUAAGUAAUGUUUGUUCAAGUUUUUUAUUAACUACCCAGGUUUCUACUCCAUACAAAAGGGUUGGUUUGAUGAUCGUAUUGUAUAGCCUUAUUUUUUAGACUCUAGAUACAUUUCUUGACUUAAUAUUUCUGCUAAGCAUUCCCGCACAUUUAUUGGCCUUACCGAUUCUGUAGUUUACUUCUGUUUCCUCAUUUAUUUUAUUACUAAUUAGAGAUCCUAAAUAAACAAACUCAUCCACCUCCUCAAAAAUCUUUUUUCCUGUGCUUACCGCUAUUUCUAGCCUCGUUUCCACCUGACAGGUCCCUAUUCUCAUAAAUUUACUUUUUUCCUCGUCUACCUUCAAUCCCAUUUUUGAUGCAACUUGUAUAAACUGCUCUACCACUUUUUCCAUUGUCCUUUUAUUCCUAGCUAUUAAGGCGACAUCAUCAGCGUAGGCAGUUAGUUGGUGACUUAUAACCCUUUAUUUGGCAAGGCUAUGAAAAAGAUACAAAUAAAUGUUUUUUUAUUAUAAACUAACACUUUUGAACUGAAAAAAUUUAUUUUUUACUUUUUUGACAAAAAAAAAACAAUGUUGCUUGAAAGCAACAUUCCCUGUUAUAAUAGAGAAAAAUCACAAAUUUUAUUUAUUGUGAAAUGAAUAAAAACAGUUCCUUUUGGGCACAAAGCACAGAACUAAUUUACACUUCUGGCAGUGUACUGUUGAGUAACCAUAUUUGCAUAAAUCGGAAAAUGGCCAAUUUCGUCGUAUCUAACAUCUUCUACCGGUGUAGGAAUGACAGCUUUUGUCUUGGAUGGGACGUUUUCUAUGGAAGAUGGUCUGUCCCUAUUCUUUUUCUGGGCCAGUAGACCUUCGGCUAUCAUGGUACGAAAAACUUUUAGGCAUGGCUUAUUCUUCCCACUUUCUCAUCUGUAAACCUACCAUCCAUUUACGACAGCAAGAUCAAUCAACCAGCCAAAUAUAGAUACCAUCUUCUAGAUUUUAGCAGAACUCUGUACAACUCAAUAAGCAUACCAGCGAAAUCACCCCCAUGUGCUUAUUAUAUUGUUGAACUAUUUUUGGGCAAGGCACAUCUACUUUUCUUUUCUCGGCGGCGUUCCAUCUCUUCACAGAACCUAGGGGUUGUACGCCGACAAAGGAACUUGCCAAAGUAACAACUUUGUUAUCUACCCAUUUUACUGCUAUAAGUUUGUUGUCCCCAUCAUACCAAAAGUCAUAUCUUCCUCUUCCCUCCUUUUGUAACUUGCGAUCAUCUUUGAAGCGACAAUUUUUUAGCCUAUUUUUUUCGCAAGGUACCAAGUGAAUUUAUUUGCAUUUUCUCAUUUAGAUACGCAAUUAGCUCGAAAAAAUCGAAAAUCACCACUUGUCCACCAAUACCAAAUUUUUGUUCCUCUUCAUUUAGAUCGGUAAUCAUUCCUUUUCCUGUGUAGGGAACAAAGUCAUAAAUGAUUACUGAUACUCCACAACGCAUAAAAAACUUAUAACCCCAUUUAUAAGGAUUGUUUUGUAUGUAUUGACGUACAUUUCCGGCUCUUGUACCCUUAUAUGGGAUCAUCAUUUCAUCUAUAGAUUGAUGAGAUCCCUGUUCUAAAUUUCUGCAUUGGAAUCGCACAAUGUUCAGUAAAGGACGAAUUUUGUAGAACCUAUCAGUAGCAGUUGACGCUUCUUGAUUUUCGUGAUUGUCUGCAAAAUGUAAAAAUUGUCUCAGUUUUUGAAAUCUUUUUAGGCUCAUUACAUCAGCAAUUUUAUCAAAUUGUUAACUCCAGUAAUCAGUAUAUGAUGGAAACUCUAUUACGCCCCAUAAAGACUAGUAAUCCUAUAAACUGUUGUUUCUUUAUCACUUGUAUUUAUGGAGUUACCAGUUACCUGUAUAGAAUAUAGAUUAGAUCAGGGUAAUCAUUUCUGGCGUAAAAAAAUUAUAAAAGUGCGUAAGUGGAGUCUCAGUUUCAGAAUCAUUACUUUCAAGGACAUUGUCGGCAUUGUUAUUGUCCGUUACAACAAUAUCUUGUUUUUUCCAAUGCGAUGGAUGCAUCUGAAAUCCGUUUGCUCUGGACAAAACCUGUGAACGAAGUUGGGCUAAUGGAAUCAAAUCUUCAUCAUCAAAUCCAUCACUAUCCUCUUCUAAAACUUCAGAAGGGAGUAAGUGAUUCCUUCCAACAUCACCCGUAUUUUCUGACAAAUUGGUUUCAGCGGCAGAAGUGGUGAGGUCAUUAUCAUCGUCGAGGUCAGAAAAAUCAGCAUCGGAUAGAGCGAGAUCCUCGGGAGGCAGGAUAACUACCUGAUUUUUACGUUUCCCGUAAAAAGUUGUUACAUCCAUUAUUUUCUGUGCUGGCAAUGAUGAUUGAAAGCAACACUAAAUAUGCGAAAUUAUUUCACCCUGUAAAAUCGUAAAAACUAACUAAGAAUAAUUAUACACAAAUUCUAACGUAUAUUCUUCUUGCUUCAAAAUAUAUGAAAAACAGCAGCGAAUAUAUUUUUUUAUAUACAAUUCACUAAUAUAGAACGAGUUAGUACACACAUAACCUACAAUACUUCACAACACUGUCAUAACAACAGCGUGUAGCAUGGUAACUGAUCGGAGUUGCCUGUAAGCAUCAUUGGCUGUUUAAUCGCAUAUCUGUACAACGGAGACCAUAUAAUAUAAAAUGAUGUUGCCCAUAAGCAACAUUGUCAAAUAAAGGGUUAAAUAAUACACAUCCUGAUCUAUUCAGCUGACUUUCAAUAACGAUUCUUUCUAGGAUCAUAUUAAAUAAAAGUGUAGAUAAUGGGUCCCCCUGUCGGAGUCCUGUAUUAAUCUCAAACUCUCCUGUCAAUUCUCCUCUUACCUUGACCGUACUUCUUGGUUGUCUCAUAGUCAUUCUCGUGAUGUUUAUGAGUUUUCCAGGUAUACCAAAGUAAUUAAUUGUAUGAAAUACUGCACUCCAUCUGAUCGUGUCGUAGGUUUUUUGGAAGUGGUAUUUUAUAUUCGUAGCAGGUGAUAUGAGCUUCUUUGAUGAAAAAUUUUUUAUCAGUUGUCGAUCUUCCCUUGCGAAAACCAGCUUGAUAAUCUCCCAACUGUGGAUAGAGAUAUUAACUGUUGAUAAAAUGCCCUGGAAUCGGCUCUCUCAAGAAAUUUGGCCAGAACCUGCAGAUUCUUCCAUUUCUUACUUUUUAUUCGGAUCGGGCACUGGUAAAGUUUUCUUCUCGUUUCUGUUGAUCUUCUUGCUUCCUUUUUAGAUUCUUCCGAAUUACCUUAUCAAAUUUAGAAUUAGCAUAUACGUUGAUUAGACGCGAGGAUUCUGUUUAAAAAACUUGAGCAUCCUGACUGGUCGGACUGGAAAGGCCACUUCGUUGGAUGAAGCGGCGAUAAAAACGUACUCCAAUCUUGAAAAUCAAAAUUUGCAAUUAUCGCAUGCUGUUUAGUUUAUUCAACAGGUAAAACCCUUGUUACGACUAAAUAAAUACAUAAGCUUGAUAUAAAGAAUGAACAAAUACAUAUUACAUGGAUAUGUUCUUAAUACUUCUAAUCAUAAUCUAAUAAUUAGAUGAAAUGUAAUUCUGAUUUCUCAUCCCUACAUUACAUUUCACAUACUGGAAAGAGUUAUUAUUAUUAGUACAGGGUGCGUCAUCUAUUACUUUUAUUUCUAUUUGAAAAAUCAACACGCUUUUUACGAGAUGAAAUCGAAUUUUUUUUAUUGAUAAAUGAAGGUUGGUUUAUGCCAUUUAUGUAUGAAAAAUGACAUCAGUCAUGUGACCACCGAGGCUUCGGUUACAGGCCAACAUCCGAACAUCAAAAUUUUCGAUGACUCUUCCCAGAAUAAUCGGGUCUAUGGCCGCAAUUUGAGUCCAAAUAUUGCGCUUUUGGUCUAGAAUUGUCCGGGGACCAUUCGCAUACACUUUUCCUUUCAAAAAUCCCCAAAGAAAUAGUCAAGAGGUGUGAAAUCGCACGAUCUCGUGGGCCAACUGACAUAUGAAUUUCGUGAAAUUAUGCGGUCUUGAAAUUUCGUGUGCAAUAAGGCGAAUAAUACGAUCCAAUUGUGUCCACAAAAAGUCUGUUAACAUGCCGCGAUAACGUUCCCCGUUAACGGCAAUGGCCUUCUUCGGAAGCUUCUUCAAAGAAGAAUGGUCCAAAGAUGCCACCAGCCCAUAAUCCGCACCAAACAGUCACUUUUUCAAGUUUGCGAAAAGUAUUUUUUAUAUUUCGACCGUUUUCGUAAUAAUUUUGGAUAACCAAAAGGCGUUGUUGUGUUGUAAACGAAUCCAUGACUAUAAAUGGCAUACCUUUGACAGUUCGGUUAUGCAUACCACAUGACUGUUGACACACAUGGUAACACAUAAACUUAUAGGUAAAAAAAAGUAAUACGCACCCAGUACUAAUGUUAUUUACAUUCCGACAUACAUAUUUUUGAAGGGCAAGAAAAUAAUGUAAAAUAUGCAAUGUUUCUAGAUCAAAAAAUAGGUAAAAUUGCUCAUAUAUUUUGUGAAGAGCAUACCAUAUCAUUUAUUGACCAGAUUACCAGUCCUGUCUCAGUGAAGUUGGCCCAACUAUCAAAACCAAUUUGUCAUAUUUGCGGAAACGUAUUAAAAACUAAAAUGUAUUUCUGAUAAGAUACGAUAAUUUCGGAAUAAAAACACUUUAAAAAUAGCCGCGUCGGCUUUGUUGUAUUUCCUUAAACAUUUAAUGAAACCAAAAAUAUUACAUUUGAAAUAAACUUUUAACUAGCCCUCAAAUAAGUUAACAAAUAUGUUUUGGGGCGUUGGACCAACUUCACGUAUAUACAGCAAGAUAUUGUAUCCUACAAGCUGAGCUACAAACUCCUAAGCUAUCUGAAAGAAGUCACAUAGUCAACGCAUUUAUCUACUGCGUAAAAACGGUGGAGAAGCAGAAGCUUCUUAACAAAUCUGGACAAGCAGACUAGCUGAAACAUUAUAUCUUCUACUUGCCUUGAUGAAUAAAUCUUACAAGUUAAGGUUCUUGAAAUGGUUUCUGUACGAUGAUACGAGCAUAAUUUAUGGUGAUUCUACUUCACUUUAAUCUUGGUACAUCUCCGUUAAAAAACUUGAUCAUAUGCAAAUAAUUUAACCAACUCAUAUUUGCAGACUGAGAAUAUGAAUCGGGUUACCCAGCAGCUUAUAGCCUGAACGACUAUGAUAUAAUUGAUUAUAUUUCCUGUCCUAUGGCUCUAUAACUUUUCCUUCCACAUAUUGUUGAGUCUGGGUCGGAAAAACAGUUUUCAACAAUGUUGACAUUUUUCGUCCUUGUAACAGUUCUUAGUCGUGUUUCAGGUGUAUGAGGCAAAUUGCUGGGGUAACUGAAAAAAUAUUCCUCUCAGUUAUUUUGUAUAUGUCUGUUAGCGGAGUGUUACCCUGAACCUUGUUGAAAUGUUGAAUCAAUGUAUGUAAUCAAUGAAUUUUCAGUCAAAGGAAGUAUGUCCUAUCGUUUACUCAAUUUCAAUAAAAUAUAGAUCUAAUCAUGUGCAUAAAUAAAUGGAAAUAUUAUUGGAAGUAAACGAUGAGGACAUACUCUCCUAAUAUUGUAUCCCUAAUUGUAAUAAUGGCACUAAUAUAUUUAUGGCCAAUCCUCAUCUUGUGUCUUCAAUAGCAAAACUUGUUGGUACUUGACCCCAGCUCCUAGUUCUAGUUUCUAAUCACAUUUUUUUAGAUGCAAAGGAAGGUUUGAAGUGCGAGUCUCAUAUCGUUUGUUUGUUUUAUUUCAAUUGUAUUUUCAUAUAUAGCCUCGGGUAAGUCACCGAACAGAUGAACAUCCUAAAUUUCUGAUUAACAUUCCAAAGCUAUUUUUGAACCGCUCAACGUUUUAGAUACGAAUUUGUAAUGAGGUUUUUUAAUCAUACCGUUUAUUUUGUUCGAGCUUGGAUCGUUUUAGUAUAUGAAAAGUCUGUUAAGUGAAAUGAGACCAGCACAAGUAAGUCUUCUGUAGUUUUCGUGUUGAUGACUACUAUUUGCUUGCAGAUAUAUAACUACAACAUUCAGAAUGCGACGGAAAAGCGUAUGAUCUGAUGUGUAGGCUCAUUUCACUUUGUUGAUAUCUUCUGAUUUUAUGUUCAGCAAUAUGUAUUUUGUUCAACCUGAUGUGAGACUCAACCAUGCUAAUCAUUAUUUAGCUUUUAGAUUUAUAUUUUUUUCGUAAAUAAAAAAUGCAACCAA